AUGGCGUCGCUGCGCUGCUCCCUACGGCCUCGCCCUCUCUCUCUCCUGCCUCGGUCAUCGAUCGGACAGUCAUCCCAUCGCCAUGUUCACCCCGGCCGGUUCCAACCCUUUGUCCCGCCAUCCCCAAGCUCCUUGGGCAAACCCACCGCGGCCAAGUCUUACACCCGCACCCGCAAAUGGCUGCGGCGAUUGGUGUACGCAUCACUCGCGACAGGCGUUGUUUGGGGGAUUGACACCCAGUUCUAUGCCUCGUCACUGACGCGCACAACCCGCACAUUCUCGUUGGGUCUGCUGGUCGCGCUGGACUACAAGAUCAACUUCCGCCCGCAUCCACCGCUGGCCAGCUCCAUCGCCGCCGUGCAUCAGCGCAAUGCCGAGCGCCUCUCGGAUCUGCUGCGCCAUAAUGGGGGGUUGUACCUGAAGAUGGGUCAGGCGAUCGCGAUGCAGUCCGCCAUCCUUCCGCCGGAGUUCCAGCAGAUGUUCUCACGCAUGUUCGACGACGCCCCGCAGAACGAUUGGAAGGAUGUGGAGAAGGUCAUUCGCGAGGACUUUGGGAAAUCACCUGAGGAAGUCUUUGGGGUUUCCUUCACCGGUGAGCCCGGUAAGGGUGUCAUGGAACGCAGGGCCCGCGCCAGCGCCAGUGUCGCCCAGGUGCAUUGGGCUCGCUUGCAGGAUGGUCGAGAGGUGGCCAUUAAAAUCCAGAAGCGGGAGAUUGUCCAGCAGCUGGCAUGGGACCUAUGGGCUUUCAAGUGA